CUUCUUCAAAGUUCAAAUCUCUCUCUCUCUCUCUCUCUCGCGAAAGGUAGCCGUUCCUUCACUCCAACAUCAAAGCGAGGAGCUUCACUGGUGUUUGAACCUGUAUUUUAUGUUCCAUUUUCAAGUCAAAGAGGUAACAAGCUCUACAAAGGGAAGGAAUAUAUGGAAGUGGAACUGUGGAAAGUGUUUUUUCGGAAGAUAAACGCGUGAUUUGAUGCAACACGGCUUUGAAAUUUGUGGUGCAAUGGUAUACCUGAGGUGUUGGAUUGAUGAUCUUGGCCUUAGCAUUUAUUAGAAAAUGAUCUGAUCUGUUUGGAGGAGCCACAUUUGUGUAUGUUUUGUAAAUAGUUUUUGACUUUUCCUCUGUUUUAGGCUAAUGGGAUUAAGGGUUUGAGUGUUGAUUGAAUUAAUGGCCAUUGCCGGUCCACAAAAUAUUUCUGUGAUUGAUCCGCGUUUCCCUGGGGACUCCCAGACUCGGACAUCCAGACAGAGGGAACACGAUGGAAGGGCAAGUGUCCGGGCAUCCUCACUCCUGCAGAUGUGGAGGGAGCUUGAGGAUGACCAUGUGAUGGGUCAUGCCCGAGAGAGAGAUGGUGAGAGAUGGCUCCAACGAAGGAGUGGUUCUUCCACUUCCAAUGUUUCGAGGGGAGAUGCUUCUGACAAUAAUGGAGAGCAGGAUGUUGUUUUAGAUAAUGGAAAUUUGGGUGAGAAUGAAUUUGGUGGAUGGUCCCCAACCCCGAGUCAUGUUGAAUCACACAACUCAAGUGAGGAUCUUGGCCUAUUUCAGAGUGAGCACUCGUCAGAUCUGGGGAUGGUUGAAAGGGAAAGANNGAGACAAAUUUUUCGUGAGUGGAUGAAUUCUGGGGUAGGUGACGAUACUUCUGCUGCUUCCCACUCAAGCAACAGUUCAAAAGCAGAAUGGCUUGGAGAAACUGAACAAGAGAGGGUUAGAAUCAUAAGGGAGUGGGUUCAGAGGAAUAGUCAGCAGAGUGCUGUUUCUGGUGACCCAAGAGAAGAACAGCCUGUUGAAGUUGCUGACCAAAUUGAACGAGUGCUUGACGGAUUGGUUGUAAAUGAGAGCCUUAUCCAGAAUGAGCCAGCUAGAAGAGGCAUACGCAAGUUAUGCGGCAGGCAAGCCUUGCUUGAUAUGCUAAAGAAAGCGGAGAGGGAAAGACACCAAGAGCUACAGGUUUUGAUGCAGCAUCACACUGUGUCAAACUUUGCACACCGCAACCGUAUUCAGUCAUUACUAAGAGGAAGAUUCUUGCGGAAUUGUGACUUGGGUGAUAAAGAAAAGCCGUCUUCAUCAGCGGCUACUGAAUUGGGCUUUCUUAGAGAGAGGCAACCUGUAUCUGGGCUGAGGGAUGAAUUUAUAUCCAAGCAGGACCGAUCUGUCUUUGGUCAAACAAGCAGUAGACACUCGGAUACCUCAUCGGAUGCUGAAAUCGAUGAUAAUAUAGGUGAACUGAUGUGCUUAAAUUCUUUAGAUUGCAUCAAUGAUGCAAAUGGGCUUUCAGAUCAAAACGGAAGAGAAGCUGAUAACCAGGGCUUGCCUGAUGGGACGACUGAUUCGGGACUUCAAAACAAUCAGAGAUCUACCAUGGAAGAAAGGGUAGCUCGUGUAGAAGUGUGGCGGGGCCAACUCUCUCAAAAUUUUGAAAGAGAAUGGCAACAGUCAGCGAGAGAGAAAUUUUUGGAAAGAAGAAAUGUUACUGAAGCAGAGCUAUUCAGCAACCAGAGGCAGGAUGAUACAGGGGAUUCAUUCUCUGAAAGCUCAGGAGAAGAACCUAGACAACACUGCCAUUAUCAUCCACAACAGUAUACGGGGUUGGCACUUGAACAGCCUCAGUGGAAUACCGAGGAAAGUGCCCCAUUGGAACAAAUAAACGAGUCAGUAAAUGUAGCUGAAAGCAUUAACCCGACUGUCUCUCUAGAGGAACAACAACAGGAAGAGGUUCUGGUAAAUGAAGAAUCAGAUUGGCAAAUAAUCAAUGAUGAAAUCGAUGGAUGGAGAGAAUAUGCUGAAGAGGAGGCAGAUACAAAUAUACCUGAGAAUUUUCUAAAUCAGUUGCCCCAAGCUUCAUCCAUGGACGUGAAUAGAGAAACUCAUGAUCUCCGAGACCUCCCUGAGAUGCAACCCAGUGAUGGUGAUCUUCAAGGAGCAAUACAAGACUGGUCGGAAGAGUCUUCUGAUCAGGACACGGUUUCAAUUGGAGGGGUUGCCAGGUUCUAUCCCCCUGACGAUGACCAUGUAUACAACAUGGAACUCAGGGAACUGCUGAGCAGGAGACGUGUGUCAAAUCUUUUGCAGAGUGGUUUCAGGGAGAGUCUUGACCAACUGAUACAAUCUUAUAUGGAAAGACAAAACCGUAACCCUGUGGACUGGGAAGAACAAGAGACUUUCCCUACUCCUGCAUCAGUGGGUCAAGAGACGAACCAGCAGGAUGAAGAUCAGAAUGGUAUUCAAGAUCUUAGAACUGUUGAGUCUCCUUUGUCUCUACCCUCUCCGAUGAUUCCUGUUCAGCCGCUCUGGGAACAUGAAAGAUCCAAUGCAAACUGGCCUUCAAAUGACUUGAAUCAGCACAUGGGGAUGGACUGGGAAUCAGCAAACGAUAUGAGGAUUGACAUGGCCAGGCUGCAGCAGAGGAUGAACAAACUGCAGAGGAUGCUGGAGGCUUGCAUGGACAUGCAACUCGAGUUACAGCAGUCAAUAAGGCAAGAGGUCUCUGCUGCGAUGAAUCGAACCCCUGGCCCGUCAGGGACAUCAGAAGAGGAGGAGAAGACAGCAUUUGAAACUAAAUGGGAGUACGCAAGGAAAGGAAUCUGCUGCAUAUGCUGCGAAAACAGCAUCGAUUCUCUGCUGUACAGGUGCGGACACAUGAAUGCGUGCCACAAGUGUGCGAGGGAGAUGGUGGAAGCCGGAGAGAAAUGCCCGAUGUGCCGAGCUCCCGUGGUGGAAGCCGUCCGUGCCUACCCCUCCCUCCUCUGAACCACACACACUCUCUCUCACACUAAAAGGUUGGUUUCAUCAGAGACUCGGAUGGAGCCCAAAGGGCCAGAGAAAAUGAUCCCCCCAAUGUCGAUUUGGAGCCCUUGCGUUUUUAUCUAUAGGGUUUUGGCAAAGAGGGUUAAACUCUGUUCCCAUUCUGC